AUGGGCCCGCUGGAUCUAGAUUCGCAGGCAACGAGUUGCCUCACAAGUCCGUCUUUCGGACAACUCUCUCCAGCACCCAGGCGGCAAGCCUACUGUCCCGGUAUCUAUGCAGAUAGCAAGGAUUCUGCCGCGAAUCCACCUGCACCGGAAACUGAGACACCAUCUGAGAAGAUGCCAAAUUCAUUGUGCCCAACUGACAAAGUGACGCAAAUGCGCUUGCGGAUCAAAUCCAUCAAGGAGCUGCGGCAAAGCGAAGACUCACAGCCGGAGGCCACACCAGUCCAGCCUUGCAUCACGAGACAGCCACAGGAGCGACUUGCAUCGAUCAUGAAUUUCUUGGAGGAGGUGGAGGAGUCUUCAAAAGCAGAUAUGUCCUCAUUGCUGUCAUCCCGCUCAACAAGAUAUCCUGGCAGUCUUGAUCCCUCAGACAUUGACCUUCCAGAAAGGCCACCUCGCAUUCCAUCUGGGCUGACCCAGGAUGCUGCUGCUAUUCAUUCUCGGGCUUCCAUGAUGGAGGUGGAGAUCCACGACAAGAAGCAAAUCAUUGACUCCUUGAAGCGAGCACUUCAAGAAUCACAGGAGCAUGAGAAGAAGUCCAUGAAAGACAUGGAGAAGGAGUGGGAGGAGAAACUACAUAAGCAGAAGACCCACUAUGAGGCUGGCUUGGAAAGGCACCUGCGAUUAGUGGAUCGUCUACUGAAUGACAAGACAGAACUUACAAAGAGGUGCGAACUCUUUUCAGAAGAGUUGAAGGCAGUGGAGAGAAAGUUCCAGAUGAAAAUGGAAGAGAUGGAUGACCAUGCGGCCAAAGAACUGGCAAAGAACAAACAGAACUGGAUAGCAACCGAACGCAUGAAGAGAGAGGCUUGGGAGAAGGAGAAGGUGAAGGAAAUCAAGGAAAUGACUAUCAAAGGUUUGCAGCCAGAAGUUGAACGCAUUUUGUCAGAGAAAAAACAAGACAAAAUUCGCAUGGAAGAGCAGCAACGAGAGGCUUUGGAUGAACAGAGACGUGAGUUGCUUGAUAUGACGCAACAGCAGAUCCGGGAGCUACGGGAAGAAAAAAACCGCGAGAUGGAAACAGCACUUGACAAAGAGCGUGAGGCGCACCGCAAGAAGUUGCGUGAGGAGUUCGAGCGUUUCAAUCGUGAGAUGCAGGAAGAACGUGCCAAAUGCGCAGCAGAUUUGCUUGCAGAGAGACGUUUACGAGAGGAGUUGCUUCGUCAGGGUGCAGAGGGGUCAGAGGCAAAGCUUCGUGAAGCCUUGGCUGCAGAACGAGCAAAAUGCCAGGCUGCCGUCCAAGAUGCAGAGACCAGGUUGGCUGAGUCCACACAACAGCAUCAGCAGCAACUUCUGCAGCUUGAGCACCUUCUUAGAGAAGAAGCUCACGAAGCUGAACGCCUCGCGAAUGACAAAUUCCGGGCGCAGCUGGAACAGCACGAGGCCACCAUUCGCAAAGAACUCUCCGCUGAGCGGGACAGACAGCUGGAGAUCGUCAUGGAGCGCCUUAGCCGGGAGCAUGUGGAGCGCCAGUUGGCAGCUGAAGCCGAGUCAAAUGCUAAGAUCCAAGCAGCGCGGGCAUCGGCAGGAGAAGAAGCAGCAAGGCUUGCAAAGCAACUUGACGAAUGUCAAGCUGAGGUAGCGGCACUGAAAGCUGAGAAGCAACAGAACGAGGAGAUUGUGAGAAACCUCAAGAACUUGCAAGCUGCUGACGCGGCACGCCUGGCUGAUCUUCAAAGGACCUGUUCUGACCUGGAGAGGGAGCGAUCCGAGCUGGCGGCCGUGAAUGAUAAGGUGGCAGAAAAGCACCAGCAUGAGCUUCGAAAGCUGGAUGAGGCUAAAGAGAAGGAGCUGGAAAACAUGAGGGAAGACUUGGGUGCUGCCUUGGUGCAGGUCAAAGAGGAGCAAACCAAACUGCAAGGUAUGGAGGAGGAGUCAAAGAAAAGAGAGGAACAAAUCAUCAGUGACUUGGAGGCCAAAGUCAAAAGAACUUUGCAAGCCAAGGAUGAGACAAUUGGAGAGCUUCGGAAGCGCUGUGCUGCGCUUGACAACAAGGUGCAAGAGUUCAACUACCUGCUGGAAAGGCAGCGAGAGGAGCUGCUUGGGGGGCUUGUCCGUGAUCUCCGCCGCUGA